AUGGAUUGCAAGGCAGAGAUUUUAUCUUGCAAUGAUUCUCGAGGUAUUAGAUUCCUUGGCAACCUUGUAAAGAGCAUUGUAAGAGAGAGUCCUGCAGUUAGAGCGGUUCACAAGUUAAAGGAAAAAGUUAAGUUAUUUGCAUUACAAAAACAAGAGUUAUGGGACGAAGGGACAGUCAGAAUUGGGAAAAAAUGCCUUGGUCAUGGAUUCAAGAAAGUCAAAGAAUCAGAAAUCAAACAUCUUGCUGACAGUCACUCGAUAUUGAGCCAGAUUUCACACUUUCGUAAACCUGGAAUGGAAACUGAUCAUUGGUAUAAAGUCUUACUAAAGAUAUGGAUGCAAGACAUUGAUGCGAAAUAUGCYGAGAGUGAAGAAUCUAUCUUAUCCAAUUUUAUCACUGAAAAAGCACUACCUCAAGACCUAAAAGAUUCUUUUUGCACAUUUCAAAAGCAUGCCAAAAAAUAUGUUUCUUCUGAGACUACAUCUACUCUUGCUCUUUUGCCUGAAUCUAUCAGCUCUUCUGAAGUAGUCUCCAUCAGAGAAGUUCUUGCCCCACUGAAAGCUAUAAGGACGUGUCUCCAACGAUAUGGAAUGACAACUUCUGAAGGAUUCCCUCGUGCAUGUCAUAUGCUUCUUKUACUAGACCAUGAUCAUAUUAUUGAUUGGUUCUCUGGUAUAGUUCAUCGGUGGCUUAGAUGGUAUCGUUUAUGUAAUAAUUUUGUUGAAAUAAAGCUCUUUAUUACUGAGCAAGUAAGAAAAUCUUGCAUUCGUACACUAGCAAUGAAGUACAGGCUACAUGAGUCUGAGAUAGAGCGGAAAUUUGAUUUAGAUUUGAGCAGACUCCCAUCAACUGAAGAGAUUGAAAAUGAGAYACUGGUAUCUGAGGACACWUGUUAUGAUGAGGGACUUUUCUAUGGGAUUCCUUAUAGUGGUUUGUGUUUACUAUCGUUGGCAAGAAUAGUAAGCGACUCCCGACCAUGUACAUGUUUUGCAAUAGGCUGUAGGUCUGCAGCACCAUGUGUUUACACCAUCCAUGUUAUGCAACGACAAAAGUUUCCKGUUUGGAAAACAGGAUUUURUAGUUGUAUCCAUCCCAGUAUACAAAGAAGGCGAAUUGGGUUAUGUAAGCAGCAUUUGAAGGAUCUGUAUCUUGGUCAUAUAUCUCUUCAAUCUAUUUGUUUUGGU